CGACACCUCCAACCAAAGGAAACUAAAGAUUGCAUCAUUUGCACUGACACUCGUUCACUCUCUCGUUUCCCUAGCCGUCCACCAUCAACUCAAUGCGCGCAUGAAGUAGAUGUUUGCCGGCGGUGCUUGAAGAAGUGGAUCCAAUCCGAAUCUGCUACCAAAAUCUGGGAUGAGAUCAACUGUCCUGUGUGCUCGAUGCGGCUGCAACACAAAGACAUGCGAGAGUUUGCAUCGCACGACGUGUUCCGUCGCACUCGUGCUACCCUCGAAGCUAUACCAGGCUUCCGUUGGUGCAUCACGAAAGGCUGCCAAUCAGGGCAAGUACAAGCACCAAGUAUCGCAAAAUUCCGUUGCGUGGCAUGUAAAAAGAUUCAUUGCGUCGAGCACAAUGUCGCAUGGCAUACGGGAGAGACAUGCAAGGAAUAUGACUACAGGACGAACAAAAAGCUGAAGCGAGCCGAAGAAGCAGCGAGUAAACAACUAAUCCUGGAGACGACGAAGAAGUGCCCCGGGUGCAAAAAGACUAUUGAGAAGAGUUAUGGGUGCGACCACAUGACCUGUUCGAGAUGUAAGCAUGAGUUCUGUUGGCAGUGUCUUGCACCGUAUGCGAAGAAGAACCGAGGUGGGGUGAUGCAUCAUCCGGGAUGUGAUUAUUAUGAUCCAGAAUGGGGA